AUGUCUAAGCCAACUAUCGCCUUGGUACCCGGAUCCUGGCACACACCAGCCCACUACCAGGAUUUCCUAGCCGAAUUUGAGAAGGCCGGCUACCCAACUGCCUGCCUGCAACUUCCCGGCGUUGGCUCUUCCACCCCCAAAGACGAGACAGUCGCCAGCAAUGCCGCCUUUGUUCGUGAGAAGCUGCUGCUCCCUUUGCUUGACGAUGGCAAGAAUGUUGUCCUGAUCAUGCACUCCUUUGGCGGCUGCAUUGGGAGUGUAGCUGCUGCUGGCCUCAACAAGAAAGACCGUGGUUCCAGCGGAGGAAUUGUUGGCCUGAUCUAUAUCGCUGCUUUCCUAGGCAAAGAGGACGCUUCUCUCUUGGCUGCCAUGGGCGGCAAGUUCGAUGACUUUAUCAAGGUUGAUGAUGCUACUGGACAGCUUGAUAUUAUAAACCCCACCGAGAUCUUAUACCACGAUGUCCCUAGCGACCUGGCCGCAAAGGCUGUUAACGACCUCAAGCCACAGGCCAAGUCUGUCCUGACCAGCACCAGCGGUACUCCCGCCUGGCAAGAGGAGUUCUACAACGGCGGUCGACGUGGAUACAUCCGGGCUACCGAGGACCGUUGCGUCCCUACUGACAUCCAGAACCUGAUGCUGGACAAGAGCGGAGUGGACUGGAACAUCAAGGACAUCAAGUCUAGCCACAGCCCUUUCUUGAGUCGUCCUCAGGAAACGUUCGAGAUUAUCAUCGGUAUGAUCACCGCCAUCUGGAACCAGUAG